UACAACUGGAGUCCCUGGGCCCCAGCUUCUGCUGCCGCUCUUGGACUUGAAUUCAUGCCAAUGCUCUGGGGACCCAAGCAAAUCGGUGAUUUCACACGGCUCGUCAAGCCAGGUUACGCCAAGACUGUUUUAGGUUUCAACGAACCCAAUCAACCAGGCCAGUCUGAUCUCGACCCCGGCUAUGGUGCUCAACUAUGGCAGCAAUAUAUCCAACCUCUCAAAAACCAAGGUUAUGCCUUGGUUACCCCUGCCUGCACCAAUGCUCCAUCGGGGAAACAAUGGAUGCAAACCUUCUUCUCAGCUUGCAACGGAUGCACCUUCGAUGCUCUCGCUCUUCACUAUUAUGGUACUUCGGCUCAAGAUUUCAUCAACCACGUUACCGACUAUCACAACACUUUCGGCCUUGACAUCUUCGUCACCGAAUUUGCUUGCCAGAACUUUGGUGGCGGUGCACAAUGCUCCAGUUCUGACGUGGUAAACUUUAUGAAUACGGUCACUGGCUUUAUGGACAACACCCCUUGGGUUAAGAAAUACUUUGCAUUCGGUCUGCAACAUGAUAUGGUCGGCGUCAACACAGCGAACCAGCUCCUUGCCGGCAACGGUUAUCCAACUUCUCUCGGCUACAGCUACAUCAAUUAA